AUGGAUUGGUAUUCUUGGUUAUCCAAGACUAGCCUUGAUCAAACACUUAUCUAUGAGUAUGGUCUUGUUUUCAACAGAAAUGAGCUUCAAAAAGAGGACUUGAUUUACUUCAACCAUGAAUUUCUUCUAAGCAUGGGCAUAAUUGUAGCCAAACACAGACUAGAGAUUCUCAAAUUGGCAAGAAAGGAAAGAGGAGGAACAAUCUCAUCAUCAAAUGGCCUUUCUAGACUUGUUUUGGCAAUCAACAAAACCAAGAAGCUCAUUUCCAAGAACUUCAACAAACUCAGUUUCCACCGAGCUUCGACUCAUCUGGCUCUCUCCGAGCUCAAACCUUGCCCAACACAGUGGACCAGAGCACUGACGAAGCUCAACAACAACAAAAACAGCGUAUCCUGGGUGUGA